UCGAAAACGUUCAGUCGAAGGCCGUAGGUCAAAAUUCAACGUCCCCAAGUCUCGUAACCCCCUUUUCCUCCCAACUUUUCCGGACUUGCACGGCCCAAUCCCCCGGCUCGAUCGAUGGGUACGGUGGUCAGCACCCUGCAGCGCCCCACCCUCUUCGUAAACAUGGACAGUGUCCAUGCGCAGUUCGUUCGGGAGACGAUCAACAGCAACAAGGUGGUGAUCUUCAGCAAGAGCUACUGCCCCUACUGCAGCAUGGCCAAGGAGCAGUUCCGGAAGAUGAAUGUCAAGGCGACGGUGGUGGAGCUGGACCAGCGGGAGGAUGGCAACGAGAUCCAGGCGGUUCUUGGCGAGAUGACGGGAUCGAGGACCGUGCCCCGCUGCUUCAUCGACGGCAAGUUCGUCGGCGGCGGCACCGAUGUGAAGCGCCUCUACGAACAGGGCAUCCUGCAAAAGUACUUCCAGUGAGAGACAUUCCAUUCACAUUUUGUUGUUCUGGCACAAUACAAAGAAUUCAGUUGGCGCUUUA